CGCUCCGGGCGCGGGCUGCAGAUGUCGGACCGGCAGGCGGCUGAGGGGCCGGGCUUCUGGAGCCCCGCGGCGCGUCCGGGGUCGGCCGGCGGUGCUGGAAGAGACGGCCUGGGAGAGCAGGGCAGCCGGGCGGCGGGCUCAGAUAACGAAGAUCUAGACAACGCCAAGGCCACCGCUCCGUUGGCCUCUGUUUCGGAUCCAGAACCCCAUUCCUCCCCUGACAGGCUGCAGAUGGUGUCGCCGGGAAGCAAGGAUGCCAAGGAAGACCUGCGGAAAGACGCCAGCACCUUGGAGGCUCAGGCCUUGGUGGACCAGGAUUCGCUGCCGGCAGGCCAGGCCCAGGUCCUGCACGAGAGUCCUGUCAUACAGAUGGCCAAGUACCAAGUACCAAAAAGGUCUGGGGACAUGGUUAUGAUCCAGUCGGAGCACACGGGAGCCAUCGAUGUUCUUUCAGCUGACUUGGAAUCUGCAGACCUUCUUGGCGACCACAGAAAAGUCUCCCCGCCUCUGAUGGCGCCUCCGUGCAUCUGGACCUUUGCCAAGGUGAAGGAAUUCAAGAGCAAGCUAGGCAAAGAAAAGAACAGCCGGCUGGUGGUGAAGCGGGGAGAGGUGGUGACCAUCCGGGUGCCCACCCACCCAGAGGGGAAGCGCGUCUGCUGGGAGUUUGCAACCGACGACUACGACAUUGGCUUUGGAGUGUACUUCGACUGGACGCCCGUCACCAGCACUGACAUCACCGUGCAGGUCAGCGAUUCCAGUGAGGAUGAGGAUGAAGAAGAGGAGGAGGAGGAAGAGAUUGAAGAACCUGUCCCAGCAGGAGAUGUGGAGAGGGGUUCGAGGAGCUCCCUGAGGGGCCGCUAUGGGGAGGUCAUGCCUGUGUACCGGCGGGACAGCCACCGGGACGUGCAAGCUGGCAGCCAUGACUACCCCGGCGAAGGCAUCUACCUGCUCAAGUUCGACAACUCCUACUCGCUGCUGCGCAACAAGACUCUCUACUUCCACGUGUACUACACCAGCUGAAGGGCCGGCCAGGGGGCGGGCCGUUACUUGCUGGCUGAAGCAGGCUGCCAGCCAGGGCCUCUUGCUUUGGAUGGGCAGGAGCUGAGAGUUCAGUGGGAGGCUCCGGAGCCUCUCGCCCUGCCUGGCAUGCCUGACUGUCGACCCCACGUAGCUUCUUCCCUUCCUGGCUGGCUUCUGCAGGUGGUGGUGUAGUGCCCCUGUGCUGUGGUCCCUGACGCGUGCUCUCUUUGCUUCAGACUCCAGCAGAAUCCCUCUGAGAAGGCACCUGCCAGGCGAAAGCCUCAAAGGAAGUAGGUUGUCGUCUUUUAAAACUACCUUUGUUUCGGUACAAGGUUUAUCAUCCAGAUGCUGCUCUCGCGAGCCCGUAUCGCCGAUGCUUUAGUGGCGCCCAGUCUUUUUACUUUGGGAGGUGCCAGAAGAGGGACAAGCACAUUGUCCAGGAAGGAGUCCAGUGUCUUGGAUGGAGCGAGCUCCGUCCAGCCUCUCACCACUGCCAUAUUCCCGCCUGCUGGGCAUUCCUGGUCUCCAGCGCAGGCUGCGAGAGCCCACUGCCUUUGGAGGACAGCGUGCUUCCUAAUGGUUGCCCUCCUCCUCUCCGCCCAGUCCUCAGCGUAUCUUUCUGCCCUCUCGGCAAGAACUUUCGUUCAGUCUAGGUGGUGUUCUGUGUGACCUGAGCUCUUCCAGCGCGAAAGCUGCCUCUGGCACUUCCUGUUCUGGGAGCUGCUUUCCCUCCCCAAGGCCACUGGUGACCCGAGCAGGGAGGGCGGAAGUAAGGGACUGAAAUGAUCUGAGCCCAGGUGUUUGAACGUCAGGUGUUGUCGUUUUUUUUCUUUUAUAAAAGAAGGAGGGAUGUCAUCUGAGAGAGAAGGUUAAACAUAAAAAACGCCAUCCGAUUCCCCACCACCCUUUCCUUCUCUGUUGAGAGCAGAAGUGUCACUGAGAAAUUCGCCUUUGCAGUCAAAUGCGGUGAAACCCCGUCAGGUUUCCCAAGCUGCUGGAUUUCCUCUCUUGCAUCGAGGGCUUAAAGCUUUUGAGGUUCAAAGUCCCUUAGCAAAAGUGAUAACGAAGCUUCUGUGUCGCUGCUGAGCGUGUUUGUUCUUGACCAACCAAAGCUUGUGUUUCCCUGGCGACGGCUUUUCCCGCUGGCCCAGGAGUGCACGGAGUGCAGGCGGUGCCAGUGUGGGGGCCUCCAGAGGAGGAGAAGGAGAUGCGGUGGGACCCCGGCAGGCAGCUGUGCCUCCACCUCUCUUUCUCUUUGUGUUAAAUCUGUUGCUGCCUCCAAAUUCUGAGGAAUAGCUAGAUUUAUUUAUUACCGUAUUUAUUUUUCUUAAGCACAUUUCAUUUUACAUUUGAAACAGUUCCCAUCUGUUUCUCAGAAGGCUUCCCACCUGUUCUGAGCCACAGGGCCACCUUUGUAUGGAGUUAAAGAGGAUGACUACGGUAGGAGAAUUUGAGAAGUAAGGCCAUUGCGUUCCUGCAGGUCAGUCCGGGAUCCGUGGGGGAGGAGCUCCCUGUUUGGGGAACAGCCCAGCACUCCCCACACGGCAUCCUGCUGGGGAUGGAGCACCAAGGAACCCAGGCUUCCUGCCCUUUGUCCCCUCUGAGGAGUCACCUUGACUUGCUCUUCCCCUCAGCUGGCUCCUUUGACGUGUGAAGGCCUCACCCCAAGCCUCUCCCUGUGGGAGCAGAGCCCCUCCCAGUAGCUCUGUGGUAGCCACUGCCUCCCGUGCCCUCUCUCCCCUGGGAGCAAAGGCCCAAGUAGGACAGGAUGCUGUGGGUGGCCAGCGCAUCUGCGGUCUCCGAGCAGCGUCAUACCUCCAUCAUUUUAUAUCUGCAAGUGCAUUUUGUAGAGGAUUACUCUGGCCAAAAUUUAUAUAUCUUGUAAGAAAUUCCUUUUGUGACGGUCUAUCUCAGUGACUGUCUGAUGCAAAACAGACGUGCUGUGUGCGUCAUUCCACCCGAGCACCGAGUGACCGCUCUUUCAUCAUCGACGUUGAACCAUGCCUUAGCUAAUUGAAUAUAAUCUUUGUAAAAUAAUUUUCUACAGAGCUGUUUUCCAGUGAGCCGAAGACUUGCUCGCAUUUCCUGUGUAUCAUUAUUAUUUUCUGACUUUCUCCUGAAAUGUCUCGAAUGAGCAUCAGGCCCUGCAUACCAAGCUCCCAGGGGUAACACUUAUUUAUUUUGUGUUCCUGCCGGGAGAGUCCUUUUGCUUACUUUCUCUGGAACCCCAGUCCUCUUGUGUCAGGUGUGCCUGCUGCCGUGCUGUCAGUCACUGUGGAAGUGCUGGGCACGCUGGCAUUUCAUUCCAUGCUGAGUUUUCCUCAACAGUCUCUUCUUUGUUGUUGUUGCAUUAGCACAAAACAGCUCAAGGAAGAUAUCUUCAUGCUCUAAUUCAUUUACAAUUCUCAUAUGAAAUUUCUGAAAUUGAACUUUAGAGAUGAACUAUCAUUCACUGAGGCACAGUGAGUCGCUGAGAACUGGUAGAUAUAAGAGGUGGCCAUUUCAUCCUUCCCUCCCUGCCCAAGUCUGUAGGGCUGAACAGUGAGAUGACAGGUGUUUGCUUUUAUCCUCAUUCUGUACUCUUGAGGAGAAAUAAGUUGUUAACAGUCAGCUUAAAGAAAGCACUUCACAGUAGGGGAGAGAUGAGAAACCUCUGCACAGGUUUUGUUGAGUUUUGCUGCUUUGUUGAGGGAUGGGGCUUUUAAAAAGGAAGACGUGUCUAAAGUUAAUUUUUUCCAACUUUGUAUUAUGAAAAAAUUCCAGCAAAAAAGAAAAUUUAGCUGAAGUAUAAACACACACACACACACACAUACACGCACAUACACACACACACAUGGAUUUUUUUAAAAAAGCAAACUGCCAUUUUUUAAGCAAAGGUGACUGGUUCUGUUUCUUUGGACAAGUGUCUAGCUGAAGAAUGUUCCCUGCACAGACACAGCAGUGUCCUGUGUCAGAGGGCCCCCGAGGUUCUGCAGGCUCCUUCCAUUCAGCGUGGGUUACCUGGGAGGAGGUCUCCGCAGAAACCUCUCUUGGUGCUGGGUCUCCGCUUCCGUCCGCCUAGCCUCUCUGCUGUUCUCUCUAAUUGGCAGGCCACUGUGAACCUGCCCUGGGGGACUUUAUUCCAGUCUCUGUUGCAUUAGACACGUCCUCAGGACUCUGGAAUUAAAACUCAGACCGUGGGUAACGUGUGGUAGCUUUGUCAUGGAAAGAGGCAGCAACUUGCAGUGACGCCAUCUUUAAUUAUUUUUUUUUCCUAAAUGAAUUGGUUCUUGUGCUUUAAGAAUAUUUUUAUUGUUAAUUUAGGAAAGAAAAGCUCAGACUUUUUAAAAAGGUGUAUAUUGUCCCAUUAUAAGAUGGAAUUGGAAGGAUUAAAUAUGUAAGCUCACUAUCUUAUAUUAAUCACUGAAAUUAGAUAUUGUACAAUCUAUAAUCCAUAGGAAAUUAUUAGAGUUUAUGGCAUUUUUUUUGGAAAAUUUAUUUAUUUAUUUGAAGGUCAGAGAGGGAGAUUCUCCAUCUGCUAAUUCACUUCUCCAGGUAGCCAUAACAGCCAGGGCUGGCAAGGAUAUAGCCAGGAGCCAGGAGCUUCAUCUGGGUCUCCCACAUUGGGUGAUCUUCCACUGCUCUUCCCAGGUCAUCAGCAGGGAACUGGAUUGAAAGUGGAGUAGCAGGGACUCGAACCGGUGCCCACAUGGGAUGCCAGCAUCACAGAGGGGUGACUCUACUUGCUGCUCCUCCACAUAGGCCCCCAGAGCUUGUUUUUGAUGAGCCCUACCCAGUCACUCUUUAAGAGAAUUAGGUGAGGGACUGGUGCAGUGGCGUAGCUGGUAAAGCUGCCGCCUGCAGUGCUGGCAUCCCAUAUGAGCACCGGUUCAGGUCUCAGCUGUUCCACUGCUGAUCCAGCUCUCUGCUGUGGCCUGGGAAAGCAGUAGAAGAUGGCCCAAGUCCUUGGGCCCCUGUACCCUUGUGGGAGAUAUGAAGGAAGCUCCUGGCUUCGGAUCAGUGCAGCUCCAGACGUUGCAGCCAACUGGGGAGUGAACCCACCAGAUGGAAGAUCUCUCUCUCCCUUUCCUUCUCUCUCUGUAACUCUGAUUUUCAAAUAAAUAAACAAAUCUUUUUUUAAAAAAAGAGAGAGCGUAUUAGGUGAAACCCAAACCUUAGUGUCUGUGUUUUUAUAUUUGCUUUUUAAGGCCAUGUCUGUGCAAAUGUUGCUUUUUAACUAUGAAGACUGUGAUUUUAAGGUAUGCAGCUGAGUGAUCCUAAUAUCUACAUAAACAUUUUUUGUUUUCAUGGAGACUGAGGGAGGGGCAUGGAUUAAACAGUUUUGUGCUGUUCCAGAACUGCCUAUUAAAAAUGGAUAUAGCAAAGCAUGAAAGAAUAAAAUGAAGGGGAGAAGAGAGCAAAGCUGUUGAAUAGACCCCAGAAUUCUGCUCCUGUCCUGGUCUCGUUGACUGCUUUAGUUUGCAUUUUGUUGGCUGGAAUCGUUCUUAAAGUUAGAAGCCUCCCUGGUUCUCACUGUUGCUUGUCGAGAAAACCCAAGCCCGCUUGGCUGUCUUUCCUGAUGGGAUCGACUUUAAAAAAAUUCCGAGUAGGUUUCCCCUGCUGCAGGCACUGCUGAUGAGAGGACUGACUUCACCUCCCUGCACUGGAGAAGGCUCGUGGGUGUCGCAGGUGCGGAGCUGUAGUCACAGCUGGCUUUGACUGUUACCAAGAAGCGGGUGAAAUGGGUUCAUUUUGACCUACGUCACAGAAGAGCCAAAAACUACCACUGAGUUUGUGGAAACCCCUGUAGGCCCGCCUCCCUGUAAUGUGUGUGCCGUGGCCACAUAGCAGUAAAUGGAGCGUGUCAGUUUUCUCCCGUUGACAACUGUCAUUCAGAGUUUGUCCUGGAGCUAACAGGUGCCCACUGGCCCCUUCACCUAGUUUCUUUCCUUGUGGCCAAAAGUGUAGAAUGCCUAGAAACCUGAAUCUGCUGCAAAGGGGAUAAGCACCUUCCCUCCAGGAUCCCAUUGGUUGAAAAUAAUUAGAAAGUGAUUUUCUGUUGGAAGGAAGGUAAUUUCAUUUGGUUGUUGUUGGGAGGGAUAGCUAGGUAAGGGAUUGGUGUUCUUCAUAGAGACCAAGUCAUUGUAUUCCUUGUGUAUUGGACUGUGCUCCGGGAGCCAUGAUGCGCGCUUCUUUGGGAGUGUAAGGAGGGAAUAGGUGUCUAAAGCCAGUCACUCUCUGGGUACCUUCUUUUCACUGUCCCAAGUUCCCUUUGUUCCUGGUGGCCUCUCUUCUGGGAAGGGGAGGAGGCACUCACUUUGUGUCUGGUGAUGGUUGGUGGCAGUCACACCCACCCAGCACUUGUUGACAUCCCAGCUAUUUAGGUUAAGGUAGCCGUUCUGACCCAAAGGGUUCGAGAAACUGCAAAGCAUUGUGUGUCCAGAUCGGGAACUGCUGCACCCUCUGAGGUGUCUCAGUGUCCCUGGUUGGAACCAGGAAGGCCACACAAAGCCCUUCCUGUUUGAACCCCUUGUGCCUACAGCCUGUAAUGGCUCUUUUACAAAUAGUCAUUCCUCGUGGACCAAGUCCAGAGGCGAGACAUUGGCUUUGAAGUUAUGGGUCCUAGUCACCGCACCCUCGAAACCCAGAGCUGCAGCCUUCUUUUUAAACUCCUCAGAGAGCUGUCAUUUCAGGUAGCUGGUUUUGGCUUAUCUGGGGGGUAAAAGAACUGUGAGAAUGACUUUCAGGGCACAAGGUGUGUUUUCUGAAGUUCUGACACAGGAUCACGAACCGUUCUGACGUUUGGGUUGAUAUAUCAUCGUAGACAGCGUUACUGAAGAUUUGCAGUCAGUUUAAGGGACCUCUUCCUGAACUCUACCACUCAGGGUCAAAAUGCUUACUCUGCAGUGCUCUUUGUUUUUGAUUAUUACAAUUGAUUCUAAGUCCAGGUUGAGAAUCACCUGGAAAAUAUUAUCUUAGUUCCUUCCCUCAUGUCCUCAACAGCACAUUUCAUUAAGAAAAUCCAUAUUUAAGUAUCACCUGUGACCUCCUCUGAGCUUACUGUCUUGUAAGUGAAUUAGCUUUCACUUGAUGAAGCGGAAUUAUUUCUGUUUUGCUGUAUGAGCGAGCGAGUGCAGAUCGGCGGAAGCAGUCUUGUAACCAGGACUUCGGUGUUCCCAUUUUCCUUUAAGAACGAUGGGAAGUGAUCUGAAAUUCCCAGAAGUCAGCUGCUCUAGAAUCAAAGUGAUGGACAGAAAAGCCAGACUUUGGGUAAUUAGAACAGAGGGAGGAGCUUGAAGGUCUCCUCAGUGACCCCGGGCCACCGAGCCUCUGGUUCCAAAGGGCCUGCAGCGGCGCCACGGCCGCAGAUCUGUCCGGUGCUGGAAAGAUGAUCGUGUGGUCUUGGCAAAUAUUUCAGCGAUGGGCAGCCCUGAGGGUGUUCUUUCCUCACUGAUGUCUGCAUCCUGCCUGAUGCUGAUGCCAUAAAAAGGAUCUGGAGGGGAAACUGUGUCACCGUCUUGUUGUUUUUUUUUCCUUCUGAAAAACACAAGUACCCAGCGACUUGUUGUACUUGUUCCCAAUCAUGAGAAAUGCUGUCAGCAGCUACGAUUUCUAAGUACAGAGCUCUGUACCAAAUUGUUACUGAAUUAUUAUAUCCUGCAGAGUGGUUUUCCUUUUAAAAUGCCCUAUUUAUAACCCUGCGGCAUUGAAUAUGCUACUGUGACACACUGAUGACCCUGGGCUGUGGUUCUCGUGGUUUUCUAUCAUGUAACAGUUUUGUGAUGCUUUUGUGCAUUCUUUGUCGUCUCUUCGAGUUUUGAAAUCUGUCAUAAAUAAACUUUUUCACUAUGCAC